AUGUCGGCGACUUCGACACCCAACGAUUCCCCCAUGGGCACUCCCAUUCAGCCUCUCCACAACCCGGCACAGGCGGCACACGUCGUAGUUCCUCAAGCACCGCUAGGGAACGUCGUAAAUAACCCCGGGAUGGGUGCAAAGGCUUUGCUCGCAAAGAAGCUUGCAAAGGGCCACAACCCCACAUUCGUUUCACCUACUGAUAAUCUCAUGACGCCUGUCACUCAAAAGUUGAACGCUGCGAGGAAGAAGCAGUUCUCCAAGGGAUCCAAGCCUGUGCAGUUGUUCGCUACCAAACCCCCGGCAGACGGAAACGAGAGCGACAAGGAAGUCUCCGAAGACAAGGCAGACUCGGACAACAAGCCAGCACCACAGAACUCAGACCUGAAGAUGGAAGCCGACGAUGAAAAUCCCUUCUAAAUCUCCACCGCCCCCUCGUCAUCGCUCCUUUCUGCGACUCCGCCCUUUCGUCUACCUUCCUUGGCUGGUUUACCAAGAUCGUCAAGUACUCGAUAUUCCGGUUAUCUUUUUAUGACGUUUAAUGACCUCUCGACUUCCCGUCCGUCGCUCGCUCGUCCAUGUUCGUUCGCUCUUCCCUCUCGCUUUGCUGUCGUUGUCGCCCUUUAUUGGAAUGUAAUGAAUCUCAAUGUACCAUUAGCCCUAGAAAACUCCCACGUUGUACAACAUGUCCCAAUCUAUAUAAGUUAUU